UUGCUUGCCUUUUUUUUUUGUCCCCCACAACAAAAAUCAAACCAAAACCAAACGCUGCUCUCUCUCUCUCUCUCUCUCUCGGAUUCUUUGCCACUCUCUCACUCACUCACUAAAAAGUGCGGAAGAAAGAAGGAAGCAAAAAAUGAUUUUGAAUUUGAUUUUCUGGAUCCUCUGUUUACUCAUCAACUUCGGCCUCCUCGCCAUCGUCUUCUACGCGCUUUUAUGCUUAACGGACUUGGAGGUUGACCAAAUGGAUCCGUUCGUGGCGACGGCUAACAUCAACAGGUGGAUACUGCCUGAGUUUGUUUUGCAAGCUGUACUCAGCCUUCUUUUGCUCUUGACAGGCCACUGGAUCUUGUUUUUGUUGGCAGUUCCUCUUACCUGCUAUCAUGCUAUUCUGUUUAUUAGACGGCAACAUCUUAUUGAUGUCACUGAAGUUUUCCGAAAUCUCAACACUGACAAGAAGCGUAGGAUGAUCAAGCUUGGCGUAUACAUGAUCUUCUUCACAAUUUUUAUAUUUAGAAUUGGUGCAGGCAUUUUAGCACUAUUCAACUCUGAAGAAUUAGAUAUCCGCUCAUCUUUUUUUGAGUUCUAGAAACUUACCAUUAUAUGCUUGGAUGGUUAAUUCUUUUUAGUGCUUUGAAAUAGGAUAGCAAUUAAUCAUUUGAGUGCUCCCGGGUUUAUGUUUUUGUAGUUUUGCAUUUUUUCAGAAAAAGUAAUGCUGGCAUAAAGUGUUUUAUUCUAUUUUUUUUGCUGUACCAUUUCUUUUUCUACACUUUACAUACAAUUGUGCAUAAAAUUGAUAAUAGCUUUUCUCUUGUACAGUAGUUCAUGUACUAUAUAUAAUGAAGAAGGCAGUUCCAUUUGUGAAGAAUCAUAAGUUCCUACUUUAGCCAAAUCACUUACUAUCAUUGUUGAAACAUUGACAUAAUAGUUCAGGGCACUUGAUGCUGCUAUAUAGACUUUUCCCUUUGAGCUCUCCUUGGUCAUGCUUUGGUAAGAGGCUAAGAUUGUAUAUCAACGGUUUUGUAAUUGUACAUUGAUAAACAUCCCAUAUGCAGUAGAGGACAUAAGCAUGUUAGGGGUAUGUAAUAUGCAUUUGAUGGUAAUCUGUUUUUGGCUUUGAUUUUUCACUAGAUAACCGUGAUUGUAUAUUAAUAAAUGACAUGAUUAAAAAGGAGUAUUUUAACCUCACAUCAGAAUAUUUAAAAAACCAUUACAAGUGGCAUUUAUGAACCAUGCUGUGGUUUUGAGUCCUC